AUGCACUGCUACCGUACAGUAAAGAACGCUCGUGCAAUGCGUAUCCCGUUUCUCGCUAUCCUGAAAGACAACGGCUCCUCGAGCACACAAUAUCUCAGCAUGCAGGAGUCGAGACGCUCUCAUCAAGCAGCGCAGCGGCUCCAGCGCCCUGCACGAUUGCCCGACGAAACGCCUGGGGCGCGCCCCGAUCAAAUACCCGAGACACGCCAUGCGCGGGAAACCUGGGGCAGUACUGUUUCGCCUGCAAGUAGGAGGGUGCACUCAAGUGAUAUCCAGAACUUCCCGCAGCCUGGACACGAGUGCCAACAGGUCGCUUCAAGUAUGCCAGACGAGAGCGCUCAAGUUCGUUUUCUGAUAGUCGGACGCACCGGUUGGAUCGCCAACAUGGUUGCAGAGCUACUUGAGCAGCGCGGUGAGCGGUACGCGUUUGCGAGCUUCCGUCUCGAGCAGCGCGAGGCCUGUGAGCGCGAACUGGACGCGCUGUGCCCACAGCGGGUCCUGAACUGUGCUGGGGUCACUGGGCGUCCGAACGUCGACUGGUGCGAGGACCACCGGCGCGAGACCGUCCGCAGUAACGUACUGGGCGUGCUGAACCUGGCGGACUGCUGCGCGUCGCGCGGGAUCCACCUCACCAACUUUGCUACCGGCUGUCUAUACCACUACGACGACGGCGAGCACCGGCCGACGGCUGAGGGCGGCAGGCCCUUCACGGAGGACGAUCCGCCGAACUUUUUCGGUAGCUACUACAGUCGCACCAAGGCCAUGGUGGAGGAGCUGCUGCGCAGCGCUUUUGACAAUGUGCUCAUCCUGCGACUGCGCAUGCCCGUGAGCGACGACCUGUCGCCGCGCAGCUUUGUCACGAAAAUCGCACGCUACGAAAAGGUUGUGAAUAUCCCCAACAGCAUGACGGUUUUGACGGAGCUGCUGCCAGUGGCACUGGAUAUGAGCGAGCGCGGCCUUACGGGCGUGUACAACUUUACCAAUCCGGGUAGCAUCUCGCAUAACGAGGUCCUGGAGCUUUACAGAAAAUAUAUCGAUCCAAAGUUCCAAUGGAAGAACUUUACGCUCGAGGAGCAGGCAAAAAUCCUCAAGGCCGGCCGCUCCAACUGCGAGCUCGACGUCCGCAAACUGCUGCGGGACAAUCCCGGUGCCCAGAUCCGCGAGGUCCACGCCGCCAUGGAGGAGGUCUUUCGGCGCAUGCAGGCGAAGGGUGUCAAGCCGCUGGUGGCGCCCUAG